CGUCCUUAUUCAAUUUCACCGUCAAGAAUGGAACCUCUCUUUCUUCCAGACGAAGAUGAAACAACCAUUCCUCGGGCUCCUCCACCCGAAGAAAUUGACCUUGACGAGCUCUUUAAGGACUUCGAAGAACCAGAAGGAGACACUGUUAUUGAAGACGAGGAGACGAUCAGACGGCGAGCAGUCGCGAAAGCUAAAGCAACGUACGAGAAGACGAGGAGCACGCUGUUACCGAAUGUCAAACAACAUCAGAUACUACCCAGUAGCUCGCCCCCGAGGGAUGUCGACAAUGGUGCGGGCGUAGGUCGGGGUGAUCCCAAAGACAAGGAGGGGGAGAUGAAAGAGAGGAGGAAGCCUAUGAGGCUGGACGAAGCCCGGUUAUUAGGGACCACGGGUUUCCCUCAACUCAUAAACGACACAAAAAACUUUCGAGUGAAGGGAAAGGGACACGAGGCGACAGAUUUGAAUCGUCUUCUCCAAGUUUAUCAGUUCUGGACUCACCGAAUGUAUCCGAAAUCCCAGUUCAGUGAUACCGUGGAGCGCAUUGAGAAGAUAUGUCAUUCAAGGAGAAUGAAUGUUAAAUUGAGUGUUUGGCGAGACGAAGCUCAUGAGAAGAAGGUGGAAUCAUCUGACGAGGAACCUGGCGACCAGGUCAUCGACCUAACUCAAAAUGAAGGUGAUGGCGCGGAUAGUGAAAAAGCCCAAUACGCAUCUUCUUCUCCCGUCCCAAUUACUCGGCCUCCGUCAUCUCCUGACACAUCGGGACGAAGUUCAAUUGCCGAAGACGAAGAGUUUGAUGCUGCUUUCAAGGAAAUGGAGCAUAGGCAAGAGAAGGAUUUGGCAGCCUCCAGCAGUCAAGUGGGGUUGCCGCCAUCCAAUUCAUCGCGUAACGACGGUAUGGAUGUAGAUGAGGAGGAGCUGUGGAAUGCAUUCGACGAAGCACCUAAUAUUGGAAUGAUGACUUCUAGUUCUGCGACCGAUUCGUCAGCCGUCUCGACGAGCGGAAAGGCUAGUCACUCAAUGGACGAUUAUGACGACGAGGACAUGUGGGACGUUGUAAGGGAGUAUGAGCAGACGAAAGGCGAGGAAACGAUAACUUUGUCGACUCAGGUCACAUCGAACCUCAUGGAGAACGCUCAAUCGACCCCUGAAGUGGGAUCUACUUCUGCGACCAGGAGGAAGAGCACGGUAGAGGAGGACUGGGAUGAACUAUACCUGUAAUUUAGUACUUAUCAUUUGGAGCACGUAUUUGAGAUUCAUGUGAA